CCCCGCCAGUUCCUCCUCUGCGCUCGUGGGCUCCCAUGGCCCUCGGCCCAGCGCGGUGACCCGGGGGGAUGGAGCCCUUCCUCAGGAGGCGGCUGGCCUUCCUGUCCUUCUUCUGGGACAAGAUCUGGCCUGCGGGCGGCGAGCUGGACCUUGGCACCCCCGGGUCCACGGACCCCAGCACCGACCCAGUGCCCGCGCUCCCCAGGGAGCCCUGCGGCCCCUUCCCACAGCUCUUCCUUGCGCUCUACGACUUCGCGGCGCGGCGCGGGGAGGAGCUGAGUGUCCGCCGCGGGGACAGGCUCUGCGCCCUGGAGGAGGGGGGCGGCUACAUCUUCGCGCGCAGGCUCUCGGGCCAGCCCAGCGCUGGGCUCGUGCCCAUCACUCAUGUGGCCAAGGCUUCUCCCGAGACGCUCUCAGACCAACCCUGGUACUUCAGUGGAGUCAGCCGGACCCAGGCACAGCAGCUGCUCCUCUCCCCACCCAACGAACCAGGGGCCUUCCUCAUCCGGCCCAGCGAGAGCAGCCUCGGGGGCUACUCACUGUCAGUCCGGGCCCAGGCCAAGGUCUGCCACUACCGGGUCUCCAUGGCAGCCGAUGGCAGCCUCUACCUGCAGAAGGGACGGCUCUUUCCCGGCCUGGAGGAGCUGCUCACCUACUACAAGGCCAACUGGAAGCUGAUCCAGACCCCCCUGCUGCAGCCCUGCGUGCGUCAGAAGGCCCCGCGGCAGGAUGCGUGGGAGCGACCACACUCCGAAUUUGCCCUUGGGAGGAAGCUGGGUGAAGGCUACUUUGGGGAGGUAUGGGAAGGCCUGUGGCUGGGCUCCCUGCCCGUGGCGAUCAAGGUCAUCAAGUCAGCCGACAUGAAGCUCGCUGACCUCGCCAAGGAGAUCCAGACGCUGAAGGGCCUGCGGCACGAGCGGCUCAUCCGGCUGCAUGCGGUGUGCUCGGGCGGGGAGCCUGUGUACAUCGUCACGGAGCUCAUGCGCAAGGGAAACCUGCAGGCCUUCCUGGGCAGCCCCGAGGGCCGGGCCCUGCGUCUGCCGCCGCUCCUGGGCUUUGCCUGCCAGGUGGCUGAGGGCAUGAACUACCUGGAGGGGCAGCGCAUCGUGCAUCGGGACUUGGCCGCCAGGAACGUGCUUGUGGACGAUGGCCUGGCUUGCAAGGUGGCUGACUUUGGCCUGGCCCGGCUGCUCAAGGAUGACAUCUACUCCCCGAGCAGCAGCUCCAAGAUCCCGGUGAAGUGGACAGCACCUGAGGCGGCCAGUUAUCGUGUCUUCUCCCAGAAGUCGGACGUCUGGUCCUUCGGCGUCCUGCUGUAUGAGGUUUUCACCUAUGGCCAGUGUCCCUACGAAGGGAUGACCAACCACGAGACGCUGCAGCAGCUCAUGCGAGGGUACCGGCUGCCGCGCCCGGCUGCCUGCCCAGCAGAGGUCUACGUGCUCAUGCUGGAGUGCUGGAGAAGCAGCCCCGAGGAACGGCCCUCCUUCGCCACGCUGUGGGAGAAGCUGCACGCCAUCCACAGAUGCCUUCCCCGGGUCCUCACGUGACUCAGGGCUCCGGGCUCCACCAGGCCAACCCCUCCUCCCUGCAGAGCGUCAACUCGAAGGGAUGCUGGUCGGCCGGACCGAGGAGCCUCUGGCUAUGGGCCUCAGGCACCAGCGUGCACAUGCAUUUGUGCACCAGGCAGACACGUGGCCGUGGGCCUCAGGUCCUGGCGUGCACACAUGUUUGUGCACCAGGCAAACAUGUGCAGACGGUGGAGGGCUCACGUUCUCUGUGCAGUGUGACACGUGUCCCUGGCGUCUCAAGAGAGACAACAGCACAGGAAGGUGGGGAGAGGCCUCGGAGGCUCUAGGCGGGGACCCCGAGCCCAGUGUUUCUCUUGUCCGGGUCCCCUGGACUCCCUCCCAGGGUCAAGAGCCAAAGGCCCAGUUCUCUCCCCAGUCCCAUCUUGGGUUUGUGGAAGUGACCAGUGCUGGCUCCCAGGCAGACCACGGUGUUGACCCCACUGUGUGCGUGGUGUGUAGGCACGGGGAAGCACCAUCACCAGCCCCUCACAGACAGCUGGCGGCCUGUGCGCAGACCCACUCAUGCACACGGCACUCAGUAAGCUGGGACUGACCCACGCAGACACAUGCACAGGCUCACAUCACACACAGGCUCAGCCCCCAAACUCAGACCCAGGAGCUGGAGCACGGGAGUCCACGUGGCUAGAAAAUGCAGGUUGGAGCGGCCCCUGUGCGGCCCAGACCCCCAGCCCAGGACAUCACGCUGCCCAGACAGUGUGAACCCCAAGGGCAUUGGCGGGAGCUGCCUGAGCUGCCAAUUCCAUCUCCCUGGGCGGGUUCCAGGGGGCACAGGAAGGGGGGGCCGGGACGCUUGGUGGCCUGGGAGCUGCCCUUGGAGGCUAUUUCCAGGGGCCUCAGGUUGGGCCCUGGGGGACUUGGAGUCUUCUGGCUGUUCAGGAUCAGGCAGGGUGGGUCGGGGAGUCAGAGGUAGAUACCGUGGUGUGCUGGGCAGCAGCUGGCUCAGGAAACCUCUGGGUGUGAGUCCUUGGCGGCCACCGAGGCAGGAGGGGGCAGGGAUGUGCAGGGUCGGUCCUCGCUCACCCCAUGUCUGGCUCAGGGAGGCUUCUGCUCAGGUCUUUGUGAAAUCAGAAGCAAGGGGGCCGGCGGGGUCUGUUUGGCGUCCCCGGAGACCCUGCCCCCCACCCUCCUGGGAGCCCAGGUUGGCAGUUGUGCCCCAGAAGGCUUUCGGGGACAGAAAGUUUGGAGACAAGUUCAGGCCUGACUGAGUUCCUUGUUCCCUAGAGUUAGGAUCAGCUUUGCACCUGCCGAGCCAAUGCGCUGAUGGCCACUGUCCACAGGCCAAAGCCUGACUCGGGAGGCAGCUAAGAGAUGAGACUCCCAUGUGCAAAGGUAAGUGGCCCCAGGGAGGGAAGAGGCCACUCGGAGGCUCAGAGAACGGAGGCAGUGCAGGGGCUUCCUGGGGCCCGUGAGCAGGAAGAACAAGGCCAAGCAGAGGGAAGCAGCAGGAACCAGAACCCCUGCAGAUGGUGGGGGCAAGAGGCUUUCUCUGAGCCGUUUGGGACCCUGGCCAGCUGCCCAGUUCCAUCUGCGUGGGAGAACGUAGGGGAAGGGCUGGCUCUGGUACCUGGGCCCACUGAGGCCUUGAGCUGAGCUUCCGAUUUUGGCACGUCCCCAGCACCGCAGCCUGGGGGCUCCUCUGGCACAGAAGGCCUUGCUCUCUGUGCUUUCUGUGGCCGCCACUGGGAUUAAGGGGACCAGGUGUGUCUGUGGCAUCUGUGCCCUCCCAGGCAUCUCACCAGCCACCAGCUGAACAGGUUUGGUGCUCCUGGAUAUCGGGGAGGGGCCAGGGACGUUCCUGCCUCCUGGUGUGGCUUAGACUGAAAGUCCUGCACAUCCGAACUCAGGGACACUCGAGGCUUCCUGGACACAGACUCACGGCCCAGAGGCCCAAGGCUCGAGGACACCCGGGCGGUGGCAGAGCUGGUGGGCUCUGAGGGAUGUUGCCUGGGCAGAUGCCCCAGCGCCCUCCUCCGGCAUGCCCCAUCUCCACCCCUCCCCCUGCAUCUCUCCCGACUGACCCCCGGCAGAGCUGGCAGGGCCUGAGGGACACUGCCCAGCCCGGCACCCCGCUGCCCCUCCCUACCUUGGUCAGCCCUGAGCUGGGCUGCCCAGAAAUCUAUGAACCUGUUAAAUAAUUAUUGUUCUUAAUCUCCAAACAAUGAGCGGAAGGUUCCAUUAUUUCUCUUUGCAAUAAAAAUAAAAGUUCAA